GAAUGCCCCAUUAGAGUGUGAACUAAAUCUUUCUAUACUUUAGGCUCUUCCAGUCAAGCGGGGAAGACAUGAAGACUACUGUCCUGAUUUUUAGCUUAAGCAUUUCACUUGCUUUGGGAUGUUCAAAACUUCCUGAACUUUCAGUUUGUAACAAGCCGGAAGGAGACUGCAGUUGCCAGGAUGGUCUUUCUUGCAUUCUCACCAAGAAAGUGAUAGAACAUGGAAUCGAGACUCCCGUCAAGCAGUGCAUGCCGGGAGAUGUGGAUAUCGAAGUGGAGUCGAUCGACCUUGAUAACCAGGCAGCGGAUGCACCCAUGAGGAUAAAGCGCUGGCUAUUCUUCAACAGAUGCCUCACCGAAGAAGAUUGCAGUUACAACAGAUGCUGCGCUUUCAAUAAGCGAUGUGUUCCAAAACUCAAGAAAUUCUUCACCUGCGUUUUAACGGGCAUACAUAAGUGCGGCUGUGCAGAUGGACUAGAAUGUAAGGAGACUGCUCACAUCACGCUUCCUAUCACAGGAACGAAGCUCUCCCUUAGGCAGUACGGAAAGCUAUAUAUACAGUUUUCAGAGCUUAUCUCUACCAAUUGCGAAUUUCUCAACAAGAUCAAGCUCUACGUUGAUUUCUUCAAGUCAGAAAUUAUGAAGAUUUUUGUUGUUUUAAGUAUCUGCUUUGCCCUUGCUUCUGCGGCAUGUGAAAAUCUCAAGAGGCUUGAGGCUUGCAACAAUGAGGGGCUUGAUUGCUCUUGCCAACCCGGACUAUCGUGCAGAUUAACCAAACAAAUGAUAGUGGAUGGCAAAACUGUUCCAGUCAAGCAAUGCAUGGGAGACGAUGAGAAGAUUAAUAUCGAGACCAUCAACGUGGACCCCGAGGAGCAGAACAAUGCAGCAAACGCAGCUUACAGAGUCAAGCGUUUCUUGGGAAUUAUCACGAAAUGUCAAUCCGACGUUGAUUGCGCCCCAAACUUCUGUUGUCCAAUUGUGAUCCAGCGCUGUCUCCCGAAAAUCCCAGAAGACGGCGCCUGCAACUUCAAGGAUUUACAUCGCUGUGGCUGUAUGGAUGGAUUAGUAUGCCAGAAGACUACAGAGAUUACAAUUUUCCCAGGCAUUAAGAUUCCUCUUGAGCAGUGCGUCAAGAUGUAAACACGUAUAUUUACGUAGCACCAUUAAGUGCUGUAGUAGCUUGAGCAAGAAAAAUAAAAAUA